CACCUGAAUACCUGCUGUUCUGGAUGGAUUUUUCACUUUUCUUCCUGUUUCAGCACUGUCUGCAGGUUGUGUAGUGGUCAGUUGUGAUACGUAGGUUUCUCCACCUUGUGGAGUCGUGGUCGUUUUGGUUUCUCGACCAGCAAGCGACCUGAAGAAGAUAUCGGAUAGCCAGUGACCGCAGCACAUGCACAAUGGCUUAUUUGGCAACUCGCGGCAGUCGCCAUUCUUUUCCGUCAUCGUGGAAAUGUUGCCUUCGGUUGGCAAUGCUAAUUUGUGUCAUUACACCUGCGCGUGUACAAUCACGCUGCAUGGCAAUUGACAGAACCAGGCCGAGUGACUCUAAGCUACUGUCAAGUUAUGUCUGUGAACGCAAACCUGAAUUUACACCAUCGAUUAUUCUAGAUGGCGAACGAGACUCGUAUGAACUAUUGCACAUAUCACGCAAUGAUCUCGGCGAUAUUGACCCCAGUUACUGGACGUUAUUCACAAACUUGGUAUCAUUGGAUCUGACCGACACGAAUAUGACAGUGAUUCGCCAAAAUUCAUAUCAACCUCUGAAGCAGAAACUGAGAUUUUUGUAUGUGAGAUUGAACAAGAUCAGGACUAUCGAGGAUGGCGCAGCUUUGAAGGAUCUGACUGAACUCAGAAUUCUGCGCUUGGACAACAAUCUCAUCUCAAGUUUCUUCGACGGAAUCUUCAGCAAACUGUCAAAGCUUCAGUAUCUAGAUUUCUCCAAUAACCAGUUCCGAACUCUCAGACCAAAUGUGUUUACUGGGCUGUCCAAUCUUAACAUCCUCGAUUUUUCCAAUAACCAGAUCCAAGUUCUCCCAUCCAAUUUGUUCAGUGGACUUAGCAAACUUAGAACCCUGAGGUUUGGCAAUAACAUGAUCUCCAGUUUUCCCGGUGGAAUAUUCUCAUCAUCACUCGGUGACAACCUCCGAGUCUUGAGUUUUGCUGGCAACCAAUUAAGGUCUCUGGACAAUGGAGUGUUCAAUAGCCUCCCCAAUCUAGCCGACUUGAAUGUUGAUGGCAAUAAACUGCAAACUCUAGCAUCUGAGGUGUUCAACGGUCUUGCAGAUGGCACGAACAUUCAUCUUGCACACAACGACAAGGUGCUCACAAACACGCAGCUCUGUAGCAUCAUAGCGCGAAACCCAUCAUUGAACUUCAUCUUGACUCCAGAGUACCAAUCGUUUGUGCAAUUGGCACGCCAAUACCACUGCAACAUUCCUUGCUACAAAUGGAGGCCCUAUGAACUUGAUGUCUGCAACAAUGCCUUCUGCACCGGCACUGUCGCUAGUCCCAUAUGCCAUGCCCUUUUAAGUACCCCCAGCCAAAACUGCGAAAUAGCGAAAAGCGCCUCUGACUGGCGAACGAUCAUCAUGCUCACCGCGGAUGAGCUCAGUUACGGCAAUGCUACAGCGUACUGCGAAAGCCGACAGGGACGACUACCCACUCUUGCGGAGAACAUGUGCGUGGCGGACUUGGGGAGUCAAGUAAAAGCCAGUCGGGACCUAGACUACACACCGGUGGUAUGGCUGCAGGAUAAGUACUUCCAUCACCCAUACGCCAGCAACUACAUCACGUACCUUGCCGACCGUAAACUGCAUGUCGCAUGCGCCCUACCAAUCAUGACAGUGCCAGCUUAACUCAUCGAAUUUUAGCA